AUGGACUACGUUACCCGAGGGGUCUGCGGUCAAGAAGGUUGCCGUGAGACCCGAUACAAUCUCGACAAUGGACUUUGGUACUGUCGACGCGGUCAUUUGCAGGAGGGUGUACAAGUUGCAGAAGAUGCGGAUGAUUUCGGAAAUUUAGGCAAAACACAUCGCCUGAAGAGAGAAACCAGAGAGAAGGCCAGCAAAACACUUCGCGGCCGUCCAGCCUACACGCUUUUCUUGCAAAUCUACCAGCUUAUCCUUUGGAAACAAUGUGAUGUAUUGGUUCAUGAACAUGGGUUCCCAGAGGAACUUGAGGUCAUUGUUCGCGAUCUUUGGGCUCUUCGUCUACAGGAUUUUGAAAUGAAAAUCACUGAAGCUACUGAAGAUGACGAUGAUGAUACCGAAGCUGAACUGUUCAGCUCGCAACCCGCAGGAAACGAUGAAUCUGACGGUAUCGGGUUUAAACCAAACUCCAGGUAUCUUGAAUGGCCUCGUCUGAUUGAUUCCGUUGCACUGUGUUAUCUCGCAGCGUUUUUGAUGCGGCUUCCUGUUUGUGUCGCUGAUUUUCACGAUAUGAUAAUGCAGCAGAAGAUCCCCUACGCCCGAGUCCUGGCAAAUGUCCCUCGGGAAAUGAGGGAUAGGCUUCCGCCAGAACUGACUGCGAUCCUUGAAGUCAAUACAAUCCCCGAUGCCCCGCGGUUCCACCGGAGUAUCCUGGCAGUAGUGAUGUUCUAUCAGCGCCGAUUUGAAAUGGAACUUCCUCCCUUGAAUUCACCCAUGGUGCUUUUCCGAUUCAUCAAGAGAUUAGCUUUACCAAUUGAGGUAUAUGAUGCAACUAGGAUCUUGCAAGAUCUACUAGGCUUCACGUUUCAGUAUCCGACAACAAGUUCAUACGAUGCCCGAAAAAGAGAACAAAUUCUUCCCGACUUGCAAUUGAUGGCUUUAAUCAUCAUUUCUACGAAACUACUUUUCCCAAUCGAUGAUUUGAAAAAAUAUCCUACCACGGAUAAAGAGCCCGCUACGCAGAUCAUGGACUGGACCCUAUGGGCAACUGCCCAGGACGAGUUCGAUCGUGAUCAGCAACAAUUUGGUGGCAAGAUUGGAAAAAAGACCGCCGUUCAGAUUACAGACCAAGACGUGUUGAACAUGACACCUGCCCAGCUAGACCAUUACAUGGACUGGUAUGAAAGCAGUUGGCUGGAUACUUCUAAGGACCCCAGUCACAUUGCAGAAAUGUUUCCCAUCAGCCGAGCAGAACAAGAUAUCCAACCAAGCGCUACCGCUGCGCCUGAAUCACUCUCUAAUUCUACCCCUGCCCCUCCACCUGCACCUAUCCCUGCUCCUGCUCCUCGUGAUGAUCCUGAUGAUCCUCCUCCUGAUAUAGCAGGAGUAAAGCUCGACCUCUUGCUACAAACGGUCAUGCAAACCCUUAGAGCCAGAAGGGUCAUCCCUGACGACGAAGACGCCGAUCACAGGCGUCCCGGUGAAUGGUACCACCGGUAUAGAUGGGAAUCACAUCUCAGUGGACCCGCACGGACUCUUUACGAGCUAGCAGCCCAGCAGGCUGCAGUCCCAUUGAAAACCCUUGUCCGUGCCGUCACAAUUAUUGAGUUCAAGAUCGCACAGCAAGAUGAGGAACGGCAGAACAGAGAGUACUUCGCUGGUCUGGGAACGGAAGGAAUGGAGACUGACGACAGCGAUGAGGACCACACGUAUGGAAUGGAAGAUUUUGAAGAAGACGUAUACGCGGCGGAGUACGAAGAUAUGGAGGAUGAUGAUCUGAUGUCCAAUUCAAAGAUGUGGCCGACCAUCUAG